AUGAUGAGCAAUAGACAACCAUGGUUAUUGGAUUCAUACUGCAUUCGUAAUAGAUUAAACAAGACAAUUUUCACACAUCAACAACAAUUGCUACAUUAUUCAACAAUUGUAAAUAAUAAUCCAAAUAACAAUCAAAAUGAUGAGGAAAAAAGAAAAUCCUCAUCUUCACAAGCUAGAAUUAUUUUAAUAUUAAUGGGAUUGGCUCUGUGUGUACUUGACGGAUCAUUGUAUUAUACUCAAUAUGAUCAACUUGAACAUUCGAACAUUAUUGAGGAAGGAAAUUUAACAGAUGGUAAAUUGUGUAAAAAUGUUGGAAAGAUUAAUUCAAACAAGGUGCUGAAAUUGGAUGAUUCAAUCGAAAGUCAAGAACCAGUUUUGAUUUAUGAAAUCUCAAAAGAUAGUGGAAAGAUCUUGUUUGUUAAAAGCAGGAGAAGAGAGCGAUUGAGAUGUUAUAGUAGUGAUCUGGAGGUGAAAUUUGCUUUUGGCAUUCCAUCUAAAGAAUGGUUCGAUUCUAAUAAUGAUUUAACUGAAAGUUUAAAGGUUGAACUCUUACCCAAUUGCAAAAUAGUCAUGGGACCAACCAAAGAAUACUCUGAAAAUAUUAGAGACUAUAACGGUCAUAUUGAAACAGUAAUGAGAAUGAAUCGAGACAGCAAUAUUAAAUUCCAACCCAUUAUAAAGCUGUUUGCAUUGUUUGAUGCACAAAUUAUUCAAAAAGUUUUGAAUAAGGAUGAUCAGGUUAUACUUAUUGGAAAGGUUGAUCCAGAAAGAAGAGUUUUCAAAUGUGAAACAUUGAUUUCACCAAAUGAAAGGCGAUUAUACGAUGAUAUCAAUCAUGAAUUGGCAAUUACUUCUGUAUGUGCAGCGGUUUGUUUUGCUUUAGGAACACUUAUUGGUAGUUUGUAA